CCGCCCGCCUCGCUGCGCCGCGCUUCCUCUUCUCCUUUUGACUUUACGACUGUGCAGCAUUUGCGACUCCAGAUUCUGCCUCUCCGCCUGACUGUCCACCGCUCUUCCUCGCCCAAAGCCGAUCUCCAACCCAGUUUCUUCCUCGAUAACCUCGCAAAAAUGGGUGGUGCAAGCCGUGAAGGUGGCAAGGCCAAGCCUCUCAAGGCCGCGAAGAAGGCCGCGAAGGACUUGGACGAGGACGACCUCGCUUUCAUGGAGAAGAAGCGCGCCGAGGAGAAGGCUCGCAAGGAGAUGGCCGCCAAGGCCGGCGGAAAGGGACCUCUCAACACCGGUACCCAGGGCAUCAAGAAGAGCGGCAAGAAAUAAAUCGACUGCUGGAUGGGCGGGAUUGCGAAAUAACCAGAAGUCGACGACCGCGCGCGCACACAACAAGAACGGUGCCCGAUUUACCAAAGGCCGGGACCACGGAGGAGCGCUUUUUCUUUUACAUACCUACAACAAGCAUGCAAUGAAAUGAUAUCAAAAGAGUUCUCGAUUCUUGGCGAAACCGCCAUGGAUGAUGCCGGCUACCUUCACUGUUGUUCGUCAUGCUCUGAGGUCUUUUGAAGUGUCAGACUGCAAUUGUGUUGACUCGAGACUCGAAAAUCGGACUCAGGAUCUUCGUUCUUGCAAUUGCAGUGCAACACCCAAAAACUGGAACAGGCGGGGGGCUUUAAACAGUGGAAAUGCGCCCGCGGGUAUUCGUCGUACUUUGCUACUCGUAGCAAAGAUUUGCGCUCGAGAGUCACCUCCCACAGAACCCACCGGCCCUCUCUUC